UUAUGGAGGAUUUGGAGGACCUCAAGAGGUUACUUGUGGUGGAAAUGCAUUGAAGUUUUAUGCGUCUGUACGUUUAGAUGUCAGGAGAGUUGGACAGGUCAAGAAAGGGGAAGAGGUUAUAGGAAACCAAGUCAUAGUGAAAAUCGUAAAGAACAAACUUGCCCCUCCAUUUAGAACUGCAGAAUUUCAGCUUGAGUUUGGGAAAGGAAUAUGUCGCGAAUCUGAGCUUAUAGAGUUAGGAUUGAAGCACAAAUUCAUUACAAAGAUAGGAGAUGCAUUUUACACCAUGAAUAAUCAAAGCUUCAGCGGUAAAGAUGCUAUUAAAACAUAUUUGGCCGAUAAUGCUGGUUUAAGGGAAGAUCUCACGAUGAAACUCUCGGAGAAACUUUUUCAUGUUCAAGAACAAGUUUAUACAGAAUAUGCAGACGUGGACCCCAUUGUUCCUGACCUUACUGAUGAAGAAGCUUCAGCUUCAGCUUAGGUGUCAAAGUGGGGGGAGACUGCACAGAAUCAUGGUGGUCCAGAUGAGAUUUAACACCUAAGCUGAUUUUUUUUUUUUGCGUGUGGAGUGAAGUUGGUCCAAGUUUUGGAUCUCAAUGACCAGUUUAUGCCAUCCUCCAUGUGUAUGCCUAAAAUAACC